CUCAAAAAGGAGGAAAAAAAAGGGGAGGGGAAGAGAGUGAGAGAGCGUGGGGGAGAGAGAGAGAGAGAGUCGUCGGCUAUUCAGCGACUCGAGCGAUUCUCAGCUUGUAGAAGGAGCGAGAGCCGGAGAACAGGCGAGGCAUUUUCGUCCGAUUCUAGUGAGGUAUCACCCCGAUCCUGCCGGAUCGACGGAUUUUUUUUCUCCGCCGACGGUUUCCCGGCAAUCUCUGUCGCGUAUUCGACAUCUCUCAGCCCAACGCCAGGUUAGGGAGGGGGACAGGAAGGCGGAGUUUCGAGAGGUGGAUGGGCCAUGGCUGAGCCGGAUUUGAUAACCGGAGCGAAGGAGAACAGGUUAUGGAAAGGUCUAUUUGCGGUGACCGGGAUUAUGACCACUCUUGUUAUAUACGGUGUUCUACAGGAAAAGAUAAUGAGAGUGCCAUAUGGGAACAAGGAGUACUUCAAGUACUCUUUGUUUCUUGUUUUCUGCAACCGGCUAACUACAUCAGCUGUAUCAGCUGGCGCAUUACUGGCAAGCAAGAAAGUUUUGAAUCCCGUAGCUCCUGUUUACAAGUAUUGCCUUAUAUCAGUGACCAACAUCCUAACCACAACAUGCCAGUAUGAGGCCCUCAAGUAUGUCAGUUUCCCUGUACAAACUCUGGCAAAAUGUGCCAAAAUGAUCCCUGUAAUGGUUUGGGGAACUCUGAUCAUGCAGAAAAAGUACAAGGGGUUUGACUAUUUGGUGGCUUUUCUGGUGACACUUGGAUGCUCUAUCUUUAUUCUUUUUCCGGCUGGAGAUGAUAUUAGUCCAUACAACAAGGGAAGGGAAAACACUGUUUGGGGUGUUUCCCUGAUGGCUGGUUAUCUAGGGUUUGAUGGUUUUACCAGCACUUUCCAAGACAAACUCUUUAAAGGUUAUAAUAUGGAGAUACAUAACCAAAUAUUCUACACUACACUUUGUUCCUGUGUUCUCAGUUUCACUGGACUUAUGUUGCAAGGACAUUUUCUAGCAGCCAUAGACUUUGUUUCCCGGCAUAGGGAUUGCCUGUUUGAUAUAGCUUUGCUAUCCACAGUGGCAACAGCAAGUCAGUUCUUCAUUUCGUAUACCAUUAGGACAUUUGGGGCUCUCACUUUCGCAGCCAUAAUGACGACUAGACAGCUUGUGAGUAUAAUGCUCUCCUGCGUUUGGUUCUCACACCCGCUUAGCUGGGAACAGUGGAUCGGAUCAGUAAUCGUUUUCGGGUCUCUGUAUUCCAAAAACUUGUUGAGGAAGAGAUCACAGAAGCAGCCGCUGCCUUCAGAACUUCCUCCACAGAACGGGGAGAAUGACCCUCUCAAGGGACAACCUUAGCACCCACAAAUUAUCUGUCGAUCCUUCUACAUAUCCUUUGCCGCGUCACAUCUGAGUCUGACUAGAAAAGCAAUGCCCUCCUCGCAAUAUUUAAAGAGAAUGGAUGGUAGGGUAAGCUAAAGCACAUUGAGCCCUUUUGUCCUAGUGGAACAGUAGGCCCCCGAAAACUCUUUCUUAUGAUCUUUGGUGUGGUGGGCUUUGCGUUUAAGCUAAACCACAUUGAGCCCUUUUUUCGUCACAUAGAAGCUUUCUUCUGAUGGAGACGUGAUCUUCUUGUUUCUAAUUCUAUCUCGUAGAGUAUGUUAAGAGCCCACUUCCUUUACGGGUUGGGCCGGCUAUCCAACCUCAGUUUUUCGAA